AUGUUUACAUGUCACUUCAGGCCUGAGUUCAUCCGCCCCCCUCCCCCGCUGCAUGUGUGUGAGGAUGAGCUGUCCUGGUUGAGCCCGUGUGUGUGUGAGCCCGAGCACUGUGUGCAGUGGGACCGAUCCAUGUGUGUGCGGAACGGAACGGGCCUCGAGAUCAAACGCAUCAUGGCCAAGGCCUUCAAGAGCCCGCUGUCUGCAGCCCAGCAAACACAGUUGCUUGCGGAGCUGGAGAAGGACCUUAAGCUGGUGUACCACAUCGGUCUCACUCCUGCCAAGCUGCCUGACCUGGUGGAGAACAACCCGCUGGUCGCCAUAGAGAUGCUGCUCAAACUCAUGCCCUCCAGCCAGAUCACAGAGUACUUCUCCGUGCUCGUCAACAUGGACAUGUCUCUCCACUCCAUGGAGGUGGUCAACAGGUUAACCACAGCUGUGGACCUGCCCCCAGAGUUCAUCCACCUCUACAUCUCCAACUGCAUCUCCACCUGUGAGCAGAUCAAAGACAAAUACAUGCAGAACCGGCUGGUUCGGCUGGUGUGUGUGUUCCUGCAGUCCCUGAUCAGGAAUAAGAUCAUAAACGUUCAGGACCUCUUCAUCGAGGUGCAGGCCUUCUGCAUCGAGUUCAGCCGCAUACGAGAGGCUGCCGGACUAUUCCGUCUGCUCAAGACACUGGACAGUGGAGAGACACCUGCCGAGGGCAAACCUCAGAAAUAACACACACACACACACACACACACACACACUCAUCACACACACACACACACUCAUCACACACACACACACUCGCACUCAUCACACACACAGACUGACAGAAGACUCUUCUCUACAGUUUGCGUGUGAUUGGACCCCUGAUGAGAACAAGUGCUUCAGCCUAUUCUCCACACACACACACACAGAGAGACGUCAGAGGCCCAUAAUUCAGCCUGUCCUCCACACACACACUCACACACACCCCGGUCUUAUUUUGCGUACCCUGAGGUGGAGUGAACAUCUGAGCUUCUUGAACUGGUGGCUGUGUGUGUGUGUGAGUGUGUGUGUGUGUAUUUGGGUGAAUCAAGUGUAUCUAAGUAUCUAUGUAUAAAAUGAUCCCCAUUAAAGAGCCAUGUUGGUGUUUACUU